AUGUUCCCUGAGAAACACAACUCCAGCUUAAAGGAACCGCUGGGUUUACUAGAAAGCAGCACACGGCUAAAACCUCAUGAAGCUCAGAGCUACAGGAAGAAGGCCUUGUGGGUUUCUGGAGCCUCCAUUAUUAUCACACUGGCUCUUGCAGUGGCUGCAUUCACUGUCUCCAUAAUGAGGUACAGUGCAUCAUCUUUUGGAUUUGCUUUUGAUGCUACCCUGGAUGUUUUGUCAUCAGCAAUAGUACUGUGGCGUUACAGCAAUGCAGCGGCUGUGCAUUCUGCACACAGAGAAUACAUAGCCUGUGUCAUCUUGGGUGUGAUAUUUCUUCUGUCAUCUCUAUGUAUAGUGGGCAAAGCCAUCCAUGACCUUGCGAAUAAGUUGCUCCCAGAAGUGGAUGACUUUCUGUACAGUGUCUCUGUAUUAAGUGGAAUCCUUUGCACUAUCUUGGCAGUGAUCAAAUUUAUGUUGGGAAGGGUCCUCACAAGCAGAGCACUCAUAACGGACGGUUUCAACUCUCUUGUAGGUGGAGUAAUGGGAUUUUCUAUCCUUCUCAGUGCAGAAGUUUUUAAACACAAUGCUUCUGUUUGGUACCUGGAUGGCAGUAUAGGAGUCCUAAUUGGACUUACAAUACUCACCUAUGGAAUCAAGCUGCUUAUCGAUAUGGUCCCUCGCGUAAGGCAAACGCGCCACUAUGAAAUGUUUGAAUGAAGAUGAAUCCCCUCUCCGCUGUAAAGACUGUAAACUGUAGUAUCAUAUGUUUUGGCAAGUGGAGCCAAUGGUCUUUUACUGAAUAUGCAGUUUGUUUCCCGUUGUAUAUUUUCUUUUAACGUUUGUUUUAAUGGGAAAUCUCUCUGUAUAACAGGCAAAUGUGCACACUGCUUAGAACUCAACAAAACAGCAGCAUUUUCCUUUCCAGUAUGCUAUUGAAUCCUGUGACAGUACACAAUGUACAGUUUGCAGUUCUAAACCAGCUGCCGUAUUCUGCGUUCCAGAGUGAAAUUGUUCCUACUGAUGUGUGUAAAUAAGAGGUGCCAAUUUUUUUUUUUUUAAAUGUUAGCCCAGACUUGUGCUGUAACUUUGAAUUACAGCCAUCGCUAACCUCUUCAGCUAACCACUAAAGGUUGCAUCAUGUAGAUUAUGGACACUAAAAAGUGUGUAGCUUAAAGCACUGAAGUAAUAAGAUUUUUUUUUUCUCUCAACCCCUCUUGCUUUAAGAGGACGGAUUUCACUGGAAAGAAAUAACACAAACCCUACACGUUUUUGUUAUCAGAAAGUUUAAUAUAAAAUCUUAACCUCAUGCCUUUUCAAGGGCAAAUUCUAUUUUUAAGAAGUAACACACAGCAUAAUGCCUUGCAUGGUCCAAACAAGCCUGUGGUAUUACUGUACAAACAAAAGCCAAAAAGAAACCUAAAGAGGAAGACCUGUUUGAGAAACGUAGUCCUCAAGCUUUUACUGUAUUAUACACCGAUGUACCAGUGUGUGUGACUAUGUGGUUGCUCUGUAGUCUGAUGAUGGUACAGCAGUGAUGACUUCAAAUUGGUGGUGAGAUAUAUCUGUUAGAUUUAGAUUAUUCUGUAAAACAUUGGUCACCUUCCACCAUACGUUCUUAUGUAUUUCUUAGUAUCCUGCUAUAAUACACAAGAAUCAUGAUGUAUAAUCAAUAAAGUCAUUAUCUAUUUUAUACAGUACCUGUAAUUAAAACUAGAACCAAAACUAAAACAAAGUCUUCCUGUAUAACAGCCCAUUAAACUUGAUUCUCUGGCUACUGCCACUUACUUUGUACAUUUCAAGGUGCAUGGAAAAACGAGUCAAAAUUGUGACCUUCUAUUGGUUUCCAAGUGGAUUAAAAAAAGCAGCCGU